ACUAAGCAAAUUCCCGUAUCCUCUCUUUCUCUCUUCUUACCCUUCACCUGAGCAUGGCUUCCUCAGAUUGUUAAACGCUCUAAAUAUAUAUUUUAUAUAUAUAUAGUAAAUGCCGAAUCUUUGAAUCCUGGUUUUUCGACGAUACAUUUCUUCUCUGUCGUGCGUAGUUCAUGAAUAUGCAUGCAUGUGUAUACAUAUAGACCACUGCAUAUUGCAUUGUUCAAAGAUCAUCCGUUUUCCAGAUUAUCUUUUCAUCGGAAUUUUUGAAGGUGGUUGUUUCGCGAUUGAUUUUAGAUUCAAGGAUUAGACAUCGAAGAAUCGAGUUUCGAUCUGAUUAGGCAUUACCUGUUUGGAAUCGAAACGAAUUGAAGGGGCUCCAUCUCGAAGGCAGCGAUUGUAGGGUUGAUCUUUCUGAUUAUAAUACGGAACCGAGAUCGAUCAGAGACUACUUCAUAUCGUUGGUGGGAUUUGAUUUUGAUUUUGAUUUUGUCGAUCUAUCGGUUCUGGAAACAUGAGCUGUUUUUCGUGUUUUGUAUCUCAAAAAUGGAAGGCUUCGAAGAGGAUAAACAGCAAGAGAAAUGGGGUUUCGCCGGCUGACGAUUGUGCUCAUAGAAAUCGCUCUCCCAAGCCGCAGCCGCCGCCUCAGCGCGGGGAGACGACGAAUCAGAAGGGUAAUAACGAUGGAGGCAACUCCAACAUUGCAGCCCAGACUUUCACGUUCAGGGAGCUGGCGGCGGCCACGAACAAUUUCCGGCAAGAAUGUCUGAUCGGUGAAGGGGGAUUCGGGCACGUUUACAAGGGCCGUUUGGAGAAGACCGGCCAGAUUGUCGCAGUGAAGCAACUCGACCGUAACGGAUUGCAAGGAAACAAAGAAUUCCUCGUCGAGGUCUUCAUGCUCAGCCUUUUGCACCAUCAACACCUUGUCAAUUUGAUUGGAUAUUGUGCAGAUGGAGAUCAGAGACUUCUGGUUUACGAGUACAUGCCAUUAGGCUGUCUUGAGGACCAUUUAUUUGAUCUUCCACCAAAGCAAGCUCCAUUGGAUUGGUUCAAGAGGAUGAAAAUUGCGUUACACGCAGCUAGAGGCUUGGAAUAUUUGCACGACAUGGCUAAUCCGCCGGUGAUCUACCGAGACCUGAAGUCCUCAAACAUCUUGCUCGACAAGGAAUUCAAUGGGAAGCUGUCUGAUUUCGGGUUAGCCAAGGUCGGACCUGUUGGAGAUAACUCCCAUGUUUCUUCCAGAAUAAUGGGGACAUACGGCUACUGUGCGCCGGAGUACCAAAGAACCGGCCACCUAAGCAUCAAGUCCGAUGUUUAUAGCUUCGGAGUUGUCUUGCUGGAAAUAAUCACGGGAAAGAGAGCCGUAGAUCCUUUGGGAAGAAGCCCUGAUCAAAUGCUGGUUAACUGGGCCCACCCUAUUUUUAAAGAUCAGAGCAGAGUGUUCGAACUACUUGAUCCAAAACUGAAAGGGAAAGCGCCGGAGAAGAGCUUUAAGCAGGCAGUUGCAGUGGCGGCAAUAUGCCUGGAAGAAGAUCCGGAAGUGAGGCCAUUGAUGACCGACGUGGUUAGCGCUCUCAGCUUUCUCUCUGAAGGGCUGCAAGAAAAGGGAUCGGAUUCCCCCGCCGCCGCCGCCUCGCCGCCAGAGCAAGAAAGCCGCGACAACGGAGUGUCUGCAGAAGAACGCAAGAGAGCAGUUGCAGAAGCCAUGGAAUGGGGCGCCAAUACAAGAAACCAAAAAGCGUGAGAGAGAAAUGAAAUCUGAGGGGUUGAUAUAAAUUAUAAUAAUCUUGAGGGAGGUGAAGCCAUGCAUGCAUGACGUACUGGUUAUGUGCUACAAAUUUCUUUGGUUCCCGGCCGGCCUUAUUAUUCUGCCCGCUAUUCUUCGUCGCUCUUUGUAACUCUCCAACGUCGAUCGCCUUUGAUUCAACUCUGAUCUCUGUGUGUUUAUAUGUACGCUUCGGAAGCCUUCUGUAAUCAUAUUCAUACACAAAUAUAUAUAUCAUUCUUUCUAUUUCAA